GUCAACAUGAAGGUUCUUAUUGUAUUUGCUUUAGCUGUGUCCUACGCAUCUGCCGCCGCGCUCCUGGGCGAGAUACAGCCCCGUGAGCUUUUGGUGCCAGUUGCUGAUGGGCCUGAGGGUCGUAUAACAAACGGAAAGGACGCCGCAGCUGAUGAGUUCCCCUAUCAGGUUGGUCUAUCCUUGAAAAUUGGCUCCAGCUCGGCAUGGUGCGGUGGCUCUCUUAUUGGUAGCGAAUGGGUUUUAACUGCAGCCCAUUGCACGGAUGGCGUUGACUCAGUUACUGUUAAUCUGGGCAGCACUUCUCGCACAAGUCCUGCUGUGAAGCAUACUGUGGAUAAGAGCAAGAUCAUAAUUCAUUCGGAUUGGAAUUCCAAAACCCUGAAAAAUGACAUUUCUCUUAUCAAAAUCCCUGCCGUUUCAUACACAAAUGCUAUUAAACCCGUCGUUUUGCCAAAGAUUGAGUCUUCAUACUCAACCUAUAGUGGAGAUGAGGCUAUCGCUUCCGGAUGGGGCCGCACUUCAGAUUCCUCUAGCUCUGUUGCCUCAAAAUUGCAGUAUGCUGAUAUGAAGAUUAUUUCCAAUCUGUCCUGCCAAGGAACAUUCGGUACGAUCAUCACCAGUUCCAACAUCUGCGUGUCCACCCCUAAUGGUGUAUCUACCUGCAACGGUGACUCCGGUGGCCCAUUGGUACUGAAAUCUAACAAGGAACAGGUUGGUCUGACCUCAUUCGGGUCUUCGGCCGGUUGCGAGAAGGGCUACCCAGCUGCCUUCACUCGUGUCACCAGCUACUUGACCUGGAUCAAGGAAAAGACCGGCAUCUCCCGUUAAUUGAAUCGAUCCAAUGUAACUGCAGUAAACCUGUCAAACCUCUACUGACUGUACUACUACUACGAUCACCCCUUUCCUGAGUGGUGGGAUGAUGGGUAACAUCCAUAAGAUCCAAUAAAGUAAUGACGCAUAUACAUACGA